AUGCAGAAGGAGGAGGAGGAGGAUUUGGCGGAAGAACAGCACAGGGAGAAAAAGUACGAAGAGACGGAAGAGACGAAAAAGGAGAAGGGUGGAGGAGGAUGGAGUGAGAACAAAUGGAUCACUCGAGGCCUUGAGCUACGGGGCCUCGUAGCUCAAGUGAUUAGAGCGUUGGCUGUACUAAAGCCUUCACCUUACUGCGUAGGUUCGAAUCCCACCGAGGGGCUGAGCUUUUCACAUUUGGGUCAAUAUGAAUUAUUCAAAAUCUGCCAAAACAUCUAAGAAUUAUGUAAGCCUGGUAGUCAUCUGGUGGUUUCUAGGUAAAUCACUUAGGAAAUCCUGCCUGGGCAGUCAACUUACUAUAUCAGAUUUGGUGGCUUCCAGACGUUGCAGUAGGUUGGGCGGGUAACUUGGCCCAAAUGUGAUUGAACUCGCGUUGUCCGGUGGGGCCUCGUAGCUCAAGUGGUUAGGGCGUUGGCUGUACUAAAUCCAUCCCCUUACUUCGUGGGUUCGAAUCCCACCGAGGCGCCGAGUUUUUCACAAUUGGGUCAAUAUGAAGAUUGAGGUCGACUUUGGGGACUGCAUCCCCACGACAAUUACUACGUAUUUCUUCGCAUGAGCAAUCUGACGAGCUUUUAAAAUAUCGCACUGAGUUAAAAGUCGUGGCUUAGAAGGUGGACAGCCGACGAGAAAAAUCCGUCCCCUCGGGAUGAAGGGUCGUGCUCAAUGCCUCUAUUGCAUUCCCAUUCAUAUGGGAUUUGCACCGACCGCCUCUUGUUUCUGUGAAAACCUGACGUAUUGUGCGUGCAAGGCAUGCGUGGCAGGCAUAGACGAACCGUCCAUCUCUGUCAGAUACAUCAUCUGAUCCUGCCUCCGGUCUCCUUGACUCUGUCUUGCCACUGGACCCAGAAAUGUAGACGAGGAAAGAGCGUGAUAGGCGCUACGAAAGUCACCGUCCCUGCGCCUGUCCUGCUGCAGGCUACGCGGUGGACAUAGUUGUUCUCGAGCGUCGAACUGUCAUGAAUAACUAAACUUCCGGGAUAAUGUAGCUCAUGUUUAGUAAAUCGGGUUAAUUGUGAGCGGUCUCAUUCUUAUUUUCAAGGGACAGGACAGAAUUCAGACUACUUCACCAUUGGUACAGCUGGAUAAAUAGAAAUCGGUCCAGUGUGUUUCUUGGUGAUGACAAUCUGCCAAUCACAUAUAAACCUUCUUUAUGAUGUCCUCUCCUUGAUAUAAUUAUAUCAUCCAAUGUUUUUACUCUCAUCCUACUCAAUUCCUUAUAAAAAAUCGCAGAUCGCUAUGCUUUCCCUCCUGUUUCUUUUAUCGAUCUUCAUCCUGGGGCGUUUCAGAUACAUGAGGUCUUCCUCCUGUUCAUUACUGCCCUUACACAAUUUUUGCGUUUAAUAAAGCGAAACACUUGUUUCACAGACCUGUCCUUCACACUGUGACAACUGCUACCGACCCGUCAUUUUUGCAUCUAGCUGAUGUCAUCGCCGGACCAUAUCCUUCAACAGUCAGACGGUCCGCUGAUCGCAUUCUUCAGGAUCAGAAACCUCCAGCAUAUUUUGAUCCAAUGAUAACAGAGUCCCCUGGUCCCAUUCCCAGAAGUCCUUUCCGAUGUAUCUCCUGAUGAACUCACGUGCAUAGAUCUUCCACAGUUCUUUCAGUGCCCAUUCUCCCUCUGUCCUCAACACUUAAACUUGUUCGCAUGUUGGGUUUAAAUAAUAGAAGUAUUUGUGUGGACUUUUAACCAGAGUGUGCGAACAGGAACCCCCUGCAACACAGAUGGCUUUGAACCAAUUUCCUGUUUAAUGUAAGCGGUUAGGGUUGAACUAGGGAUAUGACUUAAUUUAGACGGAAACGUAAGCCACGAUCGAGUUUAGGGUUAAGUCAGAGGCUGGUGUUAGCCACAGAGGUAGGGUUUAGGGCAGGGUUAGGGUCGAGGUUAGGGCGACAGUCUAGUUUUAUACUAGAGCAUUGUUGGGGUUAGGACACGGAAUAUUUUUGCCCUUUCCGGAAUUACGGGCAGGUCCACUUUUAUCACUUGGGGGAGGGCGUUCCUAUACCUAUGUCCUGUUUAGACGUCACAUAAGUCAGUUCCACCCAAAACUUCAUGACUUCCAAGUCAAAAGGCACUCGCUGGUCAUGCUGGAUGCAACUAGGAGGAGAGUGGACGGUUCCGCUGACUGUUUCGUUGGAUUCACCGCUUGCUAUCGCCAGAAAUGAGCAAGAUUGUAGUCGCAUUAUGAUAGGGGUGGUAUCAUUAUUACGACCAGUAGAAAUGGUAGUAGUAGUAGUAGUAGUAGUAGUAGUAGUAGUAGUAGUAGUAGUAGUAGUAGUAGUAGUAGUAGUAGUAGUAGUAGUAGUAGUAGUAGUAGUAACACCUCCCUGCGACCUGAAUCCCCUCUGAUACCGCGAAAUCCUGACCCCUUUGUGCAGAUCAGGUGUGCAUGGCAAACGUAGUUGUGCCGUUUAGUUUUGCCAGGCACUGUGUCCGGUCUCACCUACGGUCUUCUAGAAUUUGUCUUUACAGUAGUCUUAGGUGAGUGGGAGGGGGAGAGUGCGAUGGAUGCUGCACAAGUCCUUUGUCACUAUGAACUAAUUCAGGCAUAAGUUAUCGUCCCUGCGGCUGCCAUGCUGCAGGGCAAACAGUGAAUAUCGUCGUUCGCGGCGGCUAAGCUGUCGGCAUUAGGAAGGUUUGGUUAGAGUUUCGCAACUAGAUGAUAAUGGUACUGUCUGGUCUCACUUAACCUAGGCGCGAGACAAAGACAUUCCAUCGUAACUUUAACUCCAAAUUAGGGUCUUUGCAGACGACUGGAUAACGAAGACUAUCCAGCAGCAGAGGGUGGUUUAUUAACGAAGAAUGAGCCAGUAGGAUUACUUGUUUGUGUUACGUCUCUGAAAUAUACCAACCCGAAAUGUACCAUUAUUACCACAACUGCUAAUAAUAGUAGUAAUAAUGAUAUUAGCACGACUACGACUAGUGAUACUACCGCUGCCGCUUAUUCCUUCAGUAGUCAUGUCCUUUCACUAGUAACAUCGUACAACCGGAGUCGCUAGCUGUAUGAUCAAUGAUCCUUGCAUAGACGUUCGCCCGUCAGAUUCCAUCAUUCCAACUAUCGUCCAACUUUUAAGAAAUAACUACUGGAAAUUCCACUGGACAGCAUGAGCCACCUUAUGGCUCCCGAAGCAUACAAAAUGCAAAGUGGCAGAGACGUACGCCACAUAGACGCCCCCCUAGCCAGAAGGCGUCUCUCUCUCCCAGAAGACGUCGGGGGUUACCGUCUCGGAAAAAGCUGUCUUUUGCCCACACCGGCCUCUUGUGCUCUCAAAGCCCAAUUAGACAAAAACGAGGACAGGGGUAAAAAAGGCAACCAAAUGUGAAACGGCCCUAGCCAGCCUGUCGGGCUAAAUACAACCCACCUUCCCCCGACUGUCGCCGCCACCGCCGCCGCGUGUGUGGUGGCUGCGGUAAUAAUCGUUGCUCACGCCGAGAUUUCGCCCUCUACAGUAUGCCCACUCCCGCCCCGAAACCGCAAACCACAUCACGGGUGCCACUCGUCACCCCUGCGUGUGUCCAUGCGUACGCUGGAAAGGCAUUCUUCUGCUCUUCCUCUUGACAGAUGGGCCCCGAUGAGGGGGACACUGGUGGGUGGCAUCGUCUUAUGGCGAAAAGAUCGCGGUACCUCCCAUGAGCAAGCCAGAGUCCCCCCCCUGCCAGAUAUUGCCGAGACCCCGGCACGUGCUUUGCAGAAGCGAGGCUGGGAAUGGGACGCAGUGUGAAGGCCUACGAGGCCGGCCCACCUCCGCCGAUGGUGUUUUGCUUCUGCAGCAAUGGCUUCUACUCGCAUCGUCUCGCACCCAAUCUCACCCCCCCCCCUCCCCACACUGUCUGCCUGCACGCAGACAAACACAAUGACCGAGAACUGACUGUUUAGGAUGCGCCGACGGCCGUCGAGCUGGCGACACCUGAAUUGGCCGAAAGUGAAUUCGCACACCGGGCCGGCGGUUGGGGUGGGGGUGGUGUAGAUGUAAUCUCAGCGUCCUCCAAUCGUCGCAUCGAAUGAAUCUAGUUGGCUUUUAACCUCACCAGUCUCUGCCCCCUAUCGGUUUUGGAGAUCAGUACGCCUGGAAGUGGUGCUCUUUAGUGCUCAGGCGGCUCAAUCGUAGCAUCAGAUAAUGCAGAGGGGCUAAUUGGGAGAUGACUCAGGCGGGAGGGAUGGGGGGGGUAUGUUAAUGGUGGGGAAGGAGCUAUCAAUUCCCUACCAUACCUACAGUGCUACGCUGACAGUCAGCCAAAUUCUGGAGGCAGGCGUGGUCACUAGGGUAAUUUCGAAAUCGCAGGUCUCUUCAUACACGGUUCUUACUAGUCAUGGCAAUGGACUUUGCCUCUUUUUUCCAAAAGGAUCUGUUCGCAAAAUAAACCAGGUCGCAGACCAAGGAAACUAAUUCCGAUAUCGGAGAUGUUCCAGCCGGCGGAGGGACUACAAAAAAAAAUAAGUGGACCGAAAAGUCACAGGCGCAAGUGCCCGAUAAUUUAGUUGGGAAGAACCAAGUUGAUGAAGCAUCCUUCGUUUUCAUCUACACGACGAAGGAACGCAUACAGAUACUACCCGUCACCGAGACUUUUCUACAUCUUCUUCUUUCUCUGUUUUUUUGCCUAGUCUUCUUCUUCUUCCCCUCUUGUUCCUCUGCUGCUUCUUCCUCCAUAUCUUUCUUCAUUGCGUGA